AUGACUGACUCAGUGAUACAGGAACAUCUCACCAAGUGGUACUCUAUCGUGAUAGGCGCUUUGCUCGUCUACAGCCUUGUGACCUUCGCCAGAAAGAGCCUCUUCAACAGAAGACAUGGGUGUAAAGAACCUCCCAAGAUGGAAGGUGGGAUUGGGUCCAUUCCGUUGCUUCUCUCGCUUCUCAAGAACAAGAGCGAGGGCCUCAUGAUGGACAUGAACCACAAGAUGCUCAACUCCGCAGGCAAUGUCAGAAACUUCUACAUGAGAGUGGUUGGUGUCAGGGUCAUCUUGACCAAGGAGCCAGAAAACAUCAAGGCUGUCUUGGCCACUCAGUUCACGGACUUUGCCCUUGGCACCAGACACGCGCACUUCAAGCCAUUGCUCGGGGACGGAAUCUUCACUUUGGACGGUGAGGGCUGGAAGCACUCCAGAGCCAUGUUGAGACCCCAGUUUGCUAGAGAACAGGUGGCCCACGUCAAGGCAUUGGAGCCCCACUUGCAGAUUCUUGCCAAGCACAUCCGCAAUGGCAGGGGAAAGACCAUUGAGCUUCAGGAAUUGUUCUUCAAGCUCACCGUCGAUACUGCCAGCGAGUUCUUGUUUGGACAGUCGGUUGGGUCCCUCCACGACUCAUCCGUCUCUGACCAAGCGGCCCUCGACUUCGGAACCAGCAGCUCUUUUGCUGAGUCCUUCAAUGUUGCCCAAACCUACCUUGCCUCCAGAUCUUACAGUCAAAUGUUCUACUGGAUGGUCAACAACAAAGAAUUCAAGGACUCGUGCAACAAUGUUCACGCUUUCGCCAAAUACUACGUCAACAGAGCGUUGAAUUUUACCCCUCAAGAGUUGGAAGAAAAGUCUAAGGAAGGCUACGUCUUCUUGUACGAAUUGGUCAAGCAAACCAGAGACGCCACCGUGCUUCAGGACCAAUUACUCAACAUUCUUGUUGCUGGUAGAGACACCACUGCUGGCUUAUUAUCUUUCAUCUUUUAUGAAUUAGCCAGAAACCCUGAAAUUUUCGAGAAGUUGAAGAAAGAAGUGUACAGUGCCUUUGGAUCAGGCGAAAAUUCUGACAUUGAAAGUAUCACCUUUGAGUCUCUCAAGAAGUGUGAAUACCUUAAAUUUGUCAUCAACGAAGCAUUGAGAUUAUAUCCAUCUGUUCCAGUCAACUUCAGAGUGGCCACCAAGGAUACCACCUUGCCAACUGGAGGUGGUCCAGAUGGAAAAUCCCCAAUCUAUGUUGGUAAGGGUCAAACCGUUGCUUAUCAAGUUUACUCUACUCAUAGAUUGGAAGAGUAUUAUGGUAAGGACUCUGAAGAGUUCAGACCUGAAAGAUGGGCCGAUCUUAAGAAACUAGGCUGGGCCUAUGUUCCUUUCAACGGUGGUCCAAGAAUCUGUUUGGGACAACAAUUUGCCUUAACUGAAGCUUCUUACAUCACAGUCAGACUUUUGCAAAUGUUCCCUAACUUGGUUUCAAAGGAUACUGGAUCAUAUCCACCAAGGAAGAGUGACAAACUUCAAAGAAAAUUAGUAUUAAGAUAA